GCCAUAGAAACGAAUUUCUACAACGCGCUGCCCGUGGUGCUCAUCACUUUGAUCGUGGGCUCCUUGCUUCCCACGCCGGCGCCCGACACCUGGGCUGCGAAGUUCGGCUCGCCGCUGACGGACCUGCAGGUCUUUCGACACCUCUUCGAGGCACAAAGGG